GCACCAUCCCGCAGGCCAUCAACGACUCGGAGUCGGGCGAGGGGGCCAUGCCGCCGCUCGGCGCACCCAACUUGGUGCUGGCCGUGGGCCUCUACUUCUUCUGCAUCUUCGUCAUCCUGGGGAACCUGCUGGUCAUUGUGGCUGUGGUGCGAGAGCGCGUGCUGCACACGGUCACCAACUACUUCAUCAUGUCGCUGGCCGUGGCGGACACGAUCGUGGGCGCGUUUGUCAUGACGUUCGGCGCGUCCCUGGUGGCCACGGACAACUUCUGGAUGUUCGGCCCGGUCUGGUGCGACCUCUGGCACAGCUUCGACGUGCUCGGCUCGACGGCCAGCAUUCUGAACCUGUGCGUGAUCUCACUGGACCGCUACUGGGCCAUCCGCGACCCGUUCACGUACCCGAACAAGAUGACAGAGCGGACGGCGUGUGCUCUCAUCGCUCUGGUCUGGGUGUGCGCCAGUCUCAUCUCGUUCCCGGCCAUCGCCUGGUGGCGCGCCGUCUCUAGCCCCUCCGCCGACGGCGUGUGCGUCUUCACCGACAACAUCGGCUACCUCGCCUUCUCCUCCAUCAUCUCCUUCUACGGGCCGCUGCUCAUCAUGCUGAUAGUCUACUUCCGCAUCUACCGUGCCGCCACGGAGCAGAUGCGCUGCCUCAAGCUCGGCUCCAAGCAGGUGAGCGUGAACGGCGGCGGCCACGGCCUGACUCUGCGGAUGCACCGAGGCGGCGGAAGCGGUCGGUUGGACCAGGCCGGCCCCGAGCCCGACGACGACUCGGCGGCCUUCACCGGCCCGGACGGCUUUGGAUCGUCACGGGCCAACUUGUCAGCCAAGCACGUGAAGAACUUCUCCUUCAGCCGCAAGCUGGCCAAGUUCGCCAAAGAACGCAAGGCGGCCAAGACACUGGGCAUCGUGAUGGGUGUGUUUAUCGUGUGCUGGCUGCCGUUUUUUAUCGUGAACCUGCUGUCAGGCGUGUGCUACGACUGCAUCGCCCACGCGGACCUGGUGCUGACGAUUGUCACCUGGCUGGGCUGGAUCAACUCGGCCAUGAACCCGGUCAUCUAUGCGUGCUGGAGCAAGGACUUCAGGAGGGCUUUCAUCCGGAUAUUGUGUAUUUGCUGUCCGGAAACAUCGGCGAGGGCGAGACGGGUCAACAGGCCACUUAAAAACCAACUGGAUCAUCCCACCAUCGUGUUGUCGCCGCCGAGUCGGCGCCACACGCCCGAGGUCAGCCGGUGACCUGGCGCCGGCCGGCUGCCCCAGCCUAG